GAUUGGGCGCGCGCAUACUGCGUUAUUGGCCGAUGCUGUCGUGCUCGGUGUUGCUUGGUGUAGAAAAUAAAGAAAGCUGCGCAGUAUUCUUCCAGUGCCAAAGGAGACGCGUGCGUGCAACUCCUGCCCUUUCGUCGUGCAUUCUCGUACACCUGCAGUGCAGUGCGAUCGUGAUCAAACCAACUGGUGUCACGUGCCCAUCCAAGGUAAAACAAAGGACGGAAAUUACCGUCUACUGAACGACAGCAUGGAGCGUGAAAGGCAGAAAGGAGAUCCAGUGCAGAGAAGGUUUGCCCUGCUGGUUGGUUCCGUGCUGGUGCUGUUGGCAUGCGUCCAGCUUGCGGCUAGCUGCAACGAGAUGGUGUGCGCUAGCAUCGUGUCCAAGUGCAUGCUGACGCAAAGCUGCAAAUGCGAUAUGAAGAGCUGCACCUGCUGCAAGGAGUGUGCCGAGUGUCUCAGCUAUCUGUACACGGAAUGCUGCAGCUGCCUGGAGAUGUGCCCGAAACCGAACGAAACGUCCAACGAGCUGUCGAAGCAAUCGCACAUCGAAGAUCUUGAGGGAUUCCCGAACCUGUACGACGUGAUCACGUCCGAGCAGGAUGCGCAGGGCCGCUGGAAGGUGAUAUCAUUCCCGAUCGAUAUCGAUGCGGCACUGUACGGUCCGAAGGGAGACGGUGCCACCAAAUACGUUGUCCACUCAACAGAUAUGGAUUUGAAGCAGAAGUACGAGGAUCCGAAUAAAAUUACGGUCAACUGUACCGUCGCCUACCAGGCGCAGUGCAUGUCGUGGAACAAGUGCAAGGAAAGUUGCCGUACGAUGGGAGCCAGCAGCUAUCGCUGGUUCCAUGAUGGUUGCUGUGAAUGCAUCGGUCAGUAUUGUCUGAACUACGGCAUCAAUGAGUCGCGCUGUCGCGACUGUCCGGAGAACAAGGAGCACGAUCUGGACGAUUUUGCACCCGAGGACGAACUCGACUACGGAGACGGUAUGGGACCGCUCGAUAAUGCAGCCAUAGAAUCGACCAACAUAUGAAUCGGGCUUGGACUACCGUUGCUCUGCUUCGUCCAUCGCUAUAUUACCGAACGCAUCAUAUUCCGCCACUAGAGCGGACCAAGCAUUUCUUGUAGGCUAAGUCCAUGCAAACUAUUUUUUUGUUUGUUUGUAUUGUUUAACAUAACACAGAUAAGAACUCUAAACACUCUGUCCGCAGAAGCGGGAAGUCCGAAGAAGCAAAUCAAGAGCUGCUGUACAUGCAAAAUAUAGAAUGAUAAUGUACACACCGUAAGGCAUCUUUAACGCAUACGUCCUAGUUGCGGACGUAGCACAACGCGGCAGCUGCAGCGUUUUUUUUAUUAAAAAAAAAAAAAAGAAAACAAAUGCAUUAAUUGUACUUGUAAAACUUAGCAGUAAGGAAAUGGCUGUAUUGCAUUGUAUAAACAAAAUCAACCUUCAGCAUACUUUCGCAACUUACGCUUGCCCAAUUGCGCCCACCAUCGUUGGCGUGGCGAAUUGUGGUCAAUUUUAAUACUGGUAGCUUUAAGCAAUCUGGCAACAUCACACUGUCUCACAUUCGUACGUAUGCCGACAACUGUGCAUGGGUCGUUUUGCGCACCGCAGAUGCCCAAAAACUGCGGUCUUAUUUAGUAUCGUAAAUGUUUAUCGUAGAAAGUAAGCGCGGCUAUGUCAUGUAUGUGCGGGAUGGGAUUCGAUACGGAGUGGCACGCUGUGGCUGGCAAAACGCUCGCUACCGGGCGUUAAGUAUUUUACGCAGUAAGAAUGCUUACAUAUUACUUCCAUUACAAUUGACGAUUUAAGAAUUUGGUGUACAAAAAAAAAACGAAGCAUACUCUUUUACCCAUUUCAUCUAUUUAUGGAAAUAUACAUGUAACACAAUCUUCCAAUGUAACGAAGGCAAUGUCUAUCUGUUAAUAAAUUCUUUCUUUUCUACUCUA